GGUCCAGCUACAACCCCACUGCCCCCGGUCAACAGAGGGCAUCUAGACAGACUCCCGCCCAUGCGAAGACUGCCUCAGCGGACCAGCCCAAUGCUGUUCAUUUGGGCAAGCGCGACAUGUGGAAUGCGCCAGGGCGUUGCUUCCAUGUUUCAACAGUGUGUGUGGCUGAAUAGAGCGAUUGCUGGGGGCUACCAAGUGGUUAAGACUGAUCCAAGACAUGUGCCUCUUUGCAUGCAACGUCGUGCUGCUCCUGCUCGAGUCGCACCUUCGAAAGCACGUCCAUCGGGCAUUCCAGUUGGCGACAGCAUUUCAGGAUGAGUUGGAAAGACCGCUCGUUGCGUUGUGGGCGCACUUGGAAACUGCCAAGGGCAGUUUGUACGGCAAUACGGUCACGACAAAUGCUCAAGGCGGCGCUGUGUUCAACAAAGCAAUCGACCUGCUCGAACUGAAUGCCCCCACCGAAGGACCUGCCUCGACAAUCGAGGAUUUCCUCUUGACGCUUCUCAAGGGGCUUAUGCACCCGAUUUACGACUUCGGCUUGCAAAAGUCGUGCUGGGCCAACGCAUCCCCACUCCUAGACUCGCUCGCGUCGAUGGAAGACCCCGCCCACUGGAACGCCAUGCCAUAA